ACGUACAGCUGGAAACGAUGAGAUUAUACACAUCUAGGGCGGGGAAUUUCGGCAAACAUCUUGCUUGGCGGUUUGUAGAACCACAACAGAUGCUAAUCUCCUCUCGUCCCCAAGUGUUGGGAUGUUCUGGGUGAACCGCGCUGCGGACCGCUGACUGCUGCGGCUGAGUUUUGCUGCUCUGCGCAAAUUAUAACCGGCCUCUGAAACCCAAGAAAUAUGAAGUCUUGUGCACUUAGCCUACACAGUCCCGACACCUUUAUUUAACGACGGACUGUGUUGGACCAACAGCAGUGACUGACAACGCGGACAGGCUUGGAGAAACUGAACAUUUCACGAGAGUAAUGGUUUUGGCCGGUUGUUGCAGUUUAAUAAGCACAUAACACUGGGGCAAAAUAAGUAAAUGACUAAAACUGGUCCUGCAAGAGGCUGCCAUUAUCGAAACGUUCCUGGAAGUUUGUAUUUUUGUCUUCGUAGCCGUGCUAAGGACCAUUGAUCACCUGCAGUCCACAUCGUUUUUUGAGCCCCGUGGGUUUCGUCCGGGUGUCCGUCUGCGGAUUUCAGCUGUGAAGGGCGUGGUCGGCAGCUGGUGAUCCCGCCAGUCUGGAAAGAGGAGGGCUUGCGUGAGUCCGAUCGCCGGAAGGAUGCUGACGAGGGGGCGGCGGCUGUCUCCGACAGGACUGGCCUUGCUCUUCCUGUGGACGGAGGUGUCGACGAUCGAAGUGCCCCUUGAUCCAAAGAUUCAGCAAGACCUGAAACAGCCUCCCACUAUCAUCAAGCAGUCAGUGAAAGACUACAUCGUGGACCCCAGGGACAACAUCAUUAUCGAGUGUGAAGCCAAGGGGAACCCUCUGCCAGUUUUCUCCUGGAGGCGGAACGGGAGGUUCUUCAACGUGGGAAAGGACCCACGGGUGUCGAUGCGCAAGCGUUCGGGGACUCUUGAGAUCGGCUUCCGCAGCGGGGGGCGGCCCGAGGACUACGAGGGGGAAUACCAGUGCCUAGCCACCAACGAUUACGGCACUGCCCUCUCCAACAAGAUCCUGCUCCGCGUCUCCAAGUCACCACUGUGGCCCAAAGAGGUCCUGGAACCUGUAGUGGUGAACGAGGGGUCCUCUCUCAUCCUGGCCUGCAACCCACCACCUGGCCUGCCUCCACCCAGCACCUUCUGGAUGAACAGCUCCAUGAUGCCUAUUGUGCAAGACAGGAGAGUGUCCAUGGGGCUGAAUGGAGACCUCUAUUUCUCCAACGUGCUGGCCAAGGACGCCCAGACGGACUACAGCUGCAAUGCCCGGUUCCUCUUCACCCACACCAUUCAGCAGAAGAACCCCUUCACCCUGAAAGUGCUCACCAAAGAGCCUUAUAACGAUACGUCUGUGUUCUCCUCUCUGAACCACACUGACUUUUACAGUGCUCGUGGAGUGGCCGAGACGACGCCCACCUUCCUCUCCCCAACUGGGACUUCCAGUUUCAAGAUGGUCCUGCGUGGACAGGACCUGCUUCUUGAGUGCAUUGCUGCUGGAGUGCCCACACCCAGCAUCAAGUGGUUCAAAAAGGGGGGAGACCUUCCUGCACAGAAAGCCAAGUUCGACAACUUCAACAAGACCCUGCGCAUCUCCGGAGUUUCCGAAGAGGACUCGGGGGAGUACUUCUGCAUGGCCAACAACAAGAUCGGCAGCAUCCGCCACACUGUCUCCGUACAGGUCAAAGCUGCCCCCUACUGGCUGGACAAGCCAUCCAAUCUGGUGUUGGCCCCAGAUGAGAGUGGACGGCUGGUGUGUCGUGCCAACGGCAGUCCCAAGCCCACCAUCCAGUGGCUGGUCAAUGGAGAGCCUAUCCAGAGCGCGCCGCCCAACCCGAGCCGCGAAGUGGUUGGAGACACCAUCAUCUUCCGCUCGGUGCAGAUUGGCAGUAGCGCUGUCUACCAGUGCAACGCAUCCAAUGGACAUGGCUACCUGCUGGCUAACGCUUUUGUCAGCAUCCUGGACAUGCAGCCGCGCAUGCUGGGUCCCAAGAACCAGCUGAUCAAGGUCAUUGAGAACAACCGCACAUUCCUGGACUGCCCUUUCUUCGGCUCGCCCUUGCCAGAGCUGCGCUGGUUUAAGAACGGACAGGGCAGUAACCUGGAUGGUGGACAAUACCGGGUGUACAGUAACGGCACUCUGGAGAUCCGGCGCACUCGCCCUGAGGACCAGGGUACCUACACCUGUGUGGCCACCAACAUCCUUGGCAAUGCUGAGAACCAGGUCCGCCUGGAGGUCAAAGAAUCCACUAGGAUUGUUCGCGCCCCGGAGCACCUGACCGCUGUACGAGGGACAGUGGCCCGGUUCGACUGCCGGAUCAACUACGACCCCUCACUACGUCUCACCAUCUCCUGGCUGAAGGAUGACGUGCCGGUGUCCCUGGGGUGGAGAAAUUUUAUUCAGAUCAUAGGAAAUUGGUUCAAGGAUGUGGUGGCAAUGUUCUAUCCAAGGAUGAAGAAGGAUGAGGACUCUUUGGCCAUUCACAACGUGAAUGAGGGAGAUGAAGGCACGUACACCUGUACUGCCAGCACGGAGCUGGACAGUGACUCUGCCUCCGCCCGCCUCACCGUGCUGGAUGAUCCCCUCUCUCCUACAAACCGCAGUGCGGUGGUGCCAGACCGGCCGGAUCCUCCCACGGACCUAGAGUUGUCGGAUCCCUCGGAGCGCAGCGUCCGGCUCACCUGGAUACCUGGGGAUGACAACCAUAGCCCCAUCACAAAUUUCCUGGUACAGUUUGAGGAGGAUCGCUGGGAGCCCAACAAGUGGAAGAACCUCUCCAUUUACCCAGGGAACCUCAACUCCGUCCUUCUGCAGCUGUCCCCUUUCAUCAACUACCAGUUCCGGGUCAUCGCCAUCAAUGCCAUUGGAGCCAGCCGUCCCAGCCGGCCGUCCCAGCGGUACCAGACCAGCGGGGCGCCCCCUGAUGCCAUCCCAGGACAGUUACGUGGAGCCGGUACCAAGAAAACCAACAUGGAGAUCACAUGGGAGGCGCUGCUGGACACACAAAGGAAUGGGCCGAACCUGCGCUAUGUGGUGUGGUGGCGGCGCCAGGGCUCACGUGAGGAGUGGAAGAACAUCACCACCAAGUGGCUGAAGCACGUCAUCUACGACACGGACACCUACACGCCCUACGACAUCAAGAUCCAGGCCGUCAACGACUUCGGCCCCGGCCCCGAGUCUCCGGUGAUCACGGGGUAUUCUGGAGAGGACCGUCCACUUGCAGCCCCCACUAACCUGCGUGUCUCAAAGAUCGAGAGCAUGAGGGUGCAUUUGAUGUGGAAUUCUGUGCCGCCGAGCACUGUACAAGGAGAGAUGAAGGAAUACAAGGUGUAUUACUGGCGAGAGAGCAGCGUGCUGAAGUGGCUUACUGUUAACCGGGAGAAGAAGACCAGGUCCUUCCAAGGCACUAUGAGUCGGCCUUCCGGGUGGUUGCCAAAUCUCAUUCCCUACAGCAACUACAAGGCGUAUGUGGUGAUGGCCAACAACCGCUACGAGGGUCCGCAGAGCAACGUUGUGGACUUCCAGACCAAGGAGGGAGUGCCAUCUGCUCCCAAGUACUUCCGUAUUCAGCAACGGCACAUGGACACCAUCUACCUGGACUGGGAUAAGCCUGCAGAGCCCAAUGGCAUCCUGACGGGAUACACACUCAAGUACCAGACAGUGAACGGGACACGUAUGGGGCGAAUGGUCACAGAGAACUUCUCCCCCAAUGUCACCAGCUUCUCAAUGCGCCGCCCAGACCGCUAUACACGCUACAAGUUCCAACUUAAUGCCAGGACGCAGGCCGGAGCAGGGGAGGUGUACAUCGAGGAGUCUCCUCAUUCUGCUAACGAGGAAGACUUUGCCAUCACAGGUACUGUUCAGGCCGGCAUAGUUGUAACCCCGACUCCGUCCCCUGCGGACUUGGUUCCUACCCCCACUGCUGCUACUCCUACCACCUCAAUAUCUGCUACCCCAGAAACUACCACCGUGACCGCUCCCACUGCGGCACCCACUACUGUCGUUUCCACAGUAGCCGCCACCAGGCCAGUGCCGGAUCGGCCAGUGUUGGUUGCUCCUGGACGGCGCAUCUGGAAUUUGACAGUCGAACCUAACAGUAACUAUGCUAACGUCAGCUGGGAGCACAACUUCCCUCCCGACAGCACCGCGUUUGUGAUCGAGUUCAUUGACAGUAACGGGACGAGGAAAAGCGUGACGGUCAAUCACCAGACCCCGGUCAAGCUGGCAGGGCUGACUGAGGGGGCCAAGUAUGAGCUGCGGGUGUACUCCCGAGAGUACGAAACGGUCAGCAGCAAGACAGUCACCUUUGAAACCAGUGCAGCCUACACCAAGGACCAGGUGGACAUUGCCACACAGGGCUGGUUCAUUGGACUGAUGUGUGCCAUCGCUCUGCUGGUGCUGAUCCUGCUCAUCGUGUGCUUCAUCAAGAGGAGUCGCGGGGGCAAGUACCCAGUGCGGGACAAGAAGGAUCUUCCAUUAGAUCCAGUGGAUCAGAAAGAUCAGGAUGGAUCAUUUGAUUAUCGGUCUCUCGAAAGGAUAAACCGUGCUUCCACUCUUCCCUAUAAUAAACGUGAUGAGGACAACAAACCCCUGCAGGGCAGCCAGACAUCGCUGGACGGGAUGGUCAAGAUGCAAGAGAGCGACGACAGCCUGGUGGACUAUGGGGAGGGAGGGGAUGGCCAGUUCAACGAGGACGGCUCCUUCAUUGGCCAGUACACCGUCAAGAAGGACAAGGAUGAGACGGAAGGCAAUGAGAGCUCAGAGGCCACCUCUCCCGUCAAUGCGAUCUACUCGCUGGCGUAGCCCCGCCCCUGCGUGUGCGCGUGCACGUGUGUGUGUGGAGCGGGGCAAGGCAGGGAAGGGUGCUCCUGACUGACUUACACACAGGCACCAGGAAACGGGAGCAACGCACUGGGGAUUGUGUCCUUGUAACUGAAGGGGCAGACUAGGAAACUGUAGCAAGUGCCCGCCAUUUUGGCUCCAAGCAGGUGAGACCGAAAACAUUUGGAACCAGAAUUGUACCGGUUUCCUCCAUUUCUUUGGUCCUGGAGACCUUGGGGAGCAUGGGUGUGAGAGUAUAGGGGCACUCAGGUGACAGAAAGGGGGAGGAAAAGGUUGAUGUUUUAGAAUAUUUCGUGUGCACUUUUUUGUUGAUUUUUUUUGCUUUCCUGUUAGCUAGAGAGUUAUUCCCUUUCAGGUCUGAGCUACAGACAGGCCCCUUAAGGUACACGUAUAAAACAAAAUCUGAUUGCAGUGUCAGCCCAAUUACAUAUCAGCUAUAAGAUAUAAGCCAUCAUUUACCAGGAUGUUGGAGAUGAGUUUAUCAUAUUGAUAUACUGUACGAGUACAUAUUUAAGAUCUUCCGACCUGGUAAACUACCAUGAAUGAUGUGCCCUGAAAAACUAUGCAUUCUGAAAGAGCAUCUAGUGGUUUGGGUCAUGUUGGAUUUUUCCCAUCUUGUUUUUUUCAUAUGAAUGCACUUGAUGGAGCUGAUAAAAAUGUGGUUUGAAACAUGACUGUACUUUCCUGCCUUUCUGUGAUUCAGUGCUUUUUUCUGAAUUUUCUAGGAUUGUUUCUAAAGAAUCUUAAUAUUCUGGUCCUGUAGGAAUGCCAUUCCUAUGACUUCCGCUAGCAGGCCUGAAUGUCUGGCACCCAUCAACGGUUAUGGUGCAGCUGAAAUAUCCAUUUCUAUACAUUUUUAAAAGCAGGCUAAGGUUUCAGCACUCCUACUACUAUUAGUCCUACUGAAAUAUCUGCUGUGGACUAGGUUCAGUGUAGAUGACACAUGGUUGUGCAAAACUCCUUCUUCAUUAAUGUGCACCCACCUCUCACAAAGGGAAAGUUUAUGGAUCAUGCCCAAAGGUCUCUUCUCUCAUGGGGUUUAAAAGAAGAAAUGCCUGAGAGUUUUUCCCAGUAGGACAUGCCAUGGACACUCAACAAGAAAGCCAUAUAAUUAUGCCUUGCUGGAAAUUCCUUUAGUCUCUUGGAGUCCCAUCUGAGCUGUACCCCCGGAAAGGUUGCGGAUCUCAGUUUGGAGAAAAUUAGUUGGGUUGUUUUUACGCUCUUGCUAACACACUCAACCACGGAAAGGUAGUGAAUUAAAAUGGACAUGAUCAUUACUCUCCCUCACUACCCGUCCGAUAACCUCUGCCCCCAUCUCUGAUCUGUGUGAAUGGUUUGCUCUUAACCACAGUGGACAGGUACUGGCACCAGCCCUUUUCUUAAAAAAAAAAAAGACUUUUUUUUGUGUUGCCUUCUUCCUUGAUCCCCAGCUAUAGGCUUGUUUGUGUACAGACCCUGUUACCUCUGGAAUCUUCUGUUUCCAAUACCUCAAGCCUUGGACUUUCCCACCUCCUGGCUCGUGUGGCCUUUGUGUUUGUGGAUUUCCUGGUUUGUACCCACUCCUUAACUGUUAUGGACAUCCCAGCAGAGCAACGUGGCAGGGGCAGGGGGCCACAAGGCAGUGCUGUUUCACUCUUGAUCCUGCAGCUGCCCAGUGACCAUGUACAGCUGGGGAAAUGUGAUGAUGGUUGUUUGAAGAAGAGGGGAAUGCCGAAAACGGUUCAUGGUACCUCAUCCCUCCCUCCCCCAGUCUGUAAUGUGGAGGAAAAAAUACAGGACAUUGGGCAUUGCUACAUUUUUUUCCAUGCUCUCCGGAAUAGCAUGACUCUCCCUCUCUCGCGUUCCUGGACUUAUCAUGCCCUGUUCUUCACUGGGGGUGAGGCUAUCCUUUCACACCUGGGCCCUGAGGACAGUCUGAGCUCCUGGGGGUUCAUGGAACCGUCAAACAGGAAGAUGCUGAUGCUCGUUUUCUUUAUUCUAUGUAUUUUCAUUUACAUAAAAAAAGCUAACAAGAAUGGGACUGUCUUUUUAUUUUUUUUUACCUAGACUUCUAUAGAGUUGCAGAAGUAUUCACACCCUGAGUCUUAAGUUAGUUUAUUCACUAAUACUCUUAUCCACCACUUGCUAGGAUGAGUCAGUGAAAGGCUGUAGGAAUGUUGUCAAAUAUAUGUAGUGCAACAGCAUUUUAUUACACUUAAUACUUAAGUGAAUAACCUUGGAGAAGAGGGGUGUGCAUAUUUGUCUGCAACUAUAUAUAUAUACAUAAAACAUUAUUUUCAUGUAUUUAAAAAAUGGUGGGUCCACCUUUUUCAGUAACGUCAAUUCUUAAUGUAUCAAUAACUUAAUGUCUUAAUUUAUUUGUUUACAUAAUGUAUAUUAUUGUUGUCAUAUCUAUUCUGCCUAUUUACGAAUUGUUUUGUAUUCAUUUGUAUUCACUUUUUAUUGUUUUUACAAACAAGAAUCACACAACAGCUAAGCAGUUGCAUCAGGUGCUGCAGCUCCAAGCAAGCAUAACAGUAUUUGUAUCGUAUAUUUUAUGUAGAGACAGAAGCAGGUUGCUAAUAUUUACACAGUGUACACAUGUGGGAUGCGGCUGUCUAAUCUGCUAGAGAAGAUUUUGUUUAUUGUUAAAACCAGUUUGUUUGCUGCUGUGCUUUGAAUCAGAAAUCCUCACGUGAAAAGCUGAGGUCACUCUGGGAUUUGGUUGAAUGCUUGAACCCCUUAACAUUUGUUUGCUGUCAAAAGUUUGUGUUUGGCCUUUGAGGGGGAUACUUACCAAUGCAGAUGCAUAAUCCAGAUAUAAAACUAGAGAAGAACUUCCUGGCAAUAAUUUUUUUCUUCAUAUUAACAUGUCUACAGCAGUGCUGUAAUUCAGUAAAGUGUUGAUUUGAAACUCACAACGGUAUCUUUUUUCUUUUCUUUAAAAGCUCUCAAUUCUAGGCUGUAUUCCGAGGUGUAGAUCAGCUGCUAUAUUUUAGAACAAAUAUUUUUGCACCUGAAUUUUAAAUACAUUUUUCUUAAUUUCAGUUAUUUGGAAGAUGAAAAGUUCGACUUCCAUCUCCUGUUAAUGCUGAAUACUGGGGGGGUACAUCUGAAGCAAAUGUUCACCUUCUAGGACAUGAUAAACUGAGUGUCAUUGCCUUUUGGACCGUUUGUUCUGCAGGACUAUGUAGAUACAGUAGGUCUUUCUUAAAUUUGUGUACAGUUUAAGAGAAGACUAAUAAUCCAGUCCUCCAAUUCACAAAUUCUAGACUUGGCAAGGUGGUUAACACUGCUGCUUUGCAGAUCCAGGAUCCUGAAUUUCUUUGUCUAACUUGGGUAUCUGGUCGGAGUCUGUGUCCAUGUGGGUGCACUGGCUUCCUCUUAUCUCCGAGUUGCAGGCGAAGUAUGAUCAGCUAUUCUAAAUUGUCCCUUUCUCCGUGACCCUGCGAUAGAUUGGUGUCCCUUCCAGUGGGAAGAGAAAUUGUUCCGUCAUCCCUGACUUGUGCCCUGUCCAUCCAGGUUAGGUUCCAGAUCACUGUAACCCUCACCUGUGAAAAGCGGAUUAUUGAUUGUGGAUGGAAUUUCUAGGCUCAAGUUUCUCUUUUUUUCCUCAAGUGUGGGAAGUCCUAUGCAUAUCUUCCUGGCACACACAGGGCUCUGGUGUCUCUUUCAUUGGAGAAAGUGGUUCAAUGCUAUCUUGACAUGAGGGUGUUUGUGGAUCAGCAGGGGUUUUAAAUCCGUGAGCAGAGAGCCAUCUUGCAAAAUGUUGUGCCAAGGCAGAAACUUUACAGAGGCUUUUCUUGCAGGGACAGGAGAGAAAUUUAGAGCAAAGGGGGGUUUCCGAGGUGAACAGGAGAUUUCUAUGAGAUAUACCUGAAUAUGUACAGCAGCUUUUCCAUUAUUUUACACGCAAGUGCAGGCAGGAAAGCUAGAGUACCUUGUUAAAUUUGUGACUGAAGUAUGAAUAGAUUUAUUUAAGCAGGAUAGUAGGUCCUGAGCUCAGAGUGACAGCCCAGUAAGUUUUAUAGUCAGUCCUGAGCCAUGGGUUUGUUGCUUGGAAUGGUUUUCUACUGAAAAGGUUCAGUGUAAUGAAGUAGUUAACUCUAGAGUUUGGUCAGCAAGGAUGAAAAUGGUAUUUGUCUGUGACUUCUAAACUUGAAGGUGAAUGUCAACAGAUCAGAUGCAAGGGGCUGAAUUAUAUCACGGAAAUGGAUAGCUGUCUGCAUCACGCCUUUUAGACUAGACACUUCUUCUGUUAUGCACCUAAGUAACAUGCAUGAAAUUAGUAACCAGUGAAAUUAUUUCAAAUGCAGAUCCAUUUUCAUCUUUCCGGUGGGUCCUCUGAAGUCAUGUUUUAUUGAAAUGCAUUGAAUACAUUCUCCACUUACCCCAUGAGACUUCUAAAUAUUAAUGUCUGCUUAACAGCCAUAUAAAGGCACAGCCCAUGCCUGCAGUUUAUCAGAUAUCCCCAAUGGAAGCCAUUAGCUCUUGGUAUCUUUCUAUAAUGCUGAUAAGCACAAAUCAAGUGCAAUUUUAAAAUGUUCCUUUAAGAUUCUUUUUCUUAUCAGUGUUAUAUUACAGAAGGAUGAUGCAAUAACAAAUAUGUCUAAUGGAAUCAAAGCCCAAACUCCUACCAUAUCAGUAUCAGAUUCUUAAGGCUCUUCUGAAUUCAGGGUUCAUGUUUAAUCACGACAUCCCUACUAUAGUUUCGUCCCAUGCUUGUCCAUCGGAGAGAUACAGUACCCAUUUACUGUAUAUACUAUAGCUGGGUGGGCUGGGGAAAUUGGGGUAGCAUUCCCUGUUCAAGGAAGUAAUGCAGCUGUGUGCUGCAGGAAAGGACCUGUACCUUUCUGUUAAGGCUGGAACAUCCUGCUCUAAAAUGAGCAUUAACAGUUGCAAAGACACUUGAAAAAUCAUUUUCUUAUGAGCUCUUUUUCUUUCUUUUGAUUUGAUUCUGAUUUUAAGUUUGCUGAUUGGUAACAUUGGGCUGCAGAAGUGGGCUGUUACUGAAUACUGUGUAGUCUGAUGUUUUAUUUAUUGUAAUUAAAAGGCUUGUGACCA